AUGAACGUGCUAGGUCCCGCUCUCUUCACUCAAAUUCUGCUGCCGGUCUUGCGGUCUACGGUCAAGGUCAAUCUACAGGCACGUGCUGUCAUACUUUACUUAUCCGCCCACUCCCAAGCUCUAAAAAACGCUUACGAUAACUUUGAUCUCUUUCGCACCACGAUUUCCCAAUGGCGAACGACUGCGCGAUAUACUAUAUCUAAAUUGGCUGAUAUUCACUAUGCCAAGGCACUGUCCGAACGAGUGCCGGAUCUCAAGAUAAUUCCUGUUCAUCCCGGCAUGGUAGCGACAAACCUGCAUCAUGAGUCCACCGGCCUUUUUCUUAAGCCGUUCCUGAAUGUUGCAGUAACUCUGUUUGCAACACCUUUGGAGAAAGGUGCUUUGUCGCAAAUAUGGGCUUCCGUAAGCCCUGACGCCAAGACUGGCGAGUACUAUGGUCCGGUUGGUAAAUCAGAGUCUGGUUCAAAGCUGGCUCAAGAUCACAAUCUUCAAGAGAAAGUGUUCCGCUACAUUCAGGCUCAGCUAGACGGAUAUAUCGAAAUCAUUCAAUGA